AUGAAUGAAAAGACUAUUUUUGUUAUUAAAAAUCCCAUUUAUGAGGAGGGAAAUAUCGCGACAUGUCUUUAGGGUUAUUUUUAAUGUCCUCAUUAAGCAAAGUACCUCAAGGAAAAAUAUAAAAUUUUAGCAGAACCAAUUGGUUCAUUUUGCCAUUUGACUUAGUAAAAAUAAAUGAAAGGACCCCCAUUUUUACUAGAUGCAUUUUCUCUAACUUAUUUGAUUUAAAAUUGCGAUUAAGAAUUUUCUUUCGAGUGCUAGGAUUCUUAUUUCGUAAAAGAUAUAAUUAAAGAAGAUUCUUAUAUUGUUUUUCAGACUCUUACUUAGAAAGGAUAUUAUUUAAUUUCAGCAAAGAAAUUUGGGGCUAAUUUUUUAGCUUAUGAUAAUGAUCCAGCAACUCAUCAUGCAAAAUAUUUAGUAUUUUUAUCUGACGCCAAAAAUUCCUUAAGUCAAGAGAUUCCUAUCAAUAGUACUGAAAGCAUAGUUUUAAUUAAUCGACUAAGCACCAUAGCAAAAAAAGAAGCAAUUUUAGCAAAGCUAAUACCCAUCUCCUAUAUGUAAGAUUUAAAUGGAGAAAAAAAUCAUACUCAAUAAGACUUUUCUAAACUUGUUUAAUUUAGUAAAAUGCAAAGACUUUAGCAUUAUUGA